CUUGGGCCUCAGGCUUGGUGGAGCUCAGCACUGGGGUGUUGGUGGCAGCUCUGAGGGACCCCCCACUGCCCUGUCAUGGCGUCUGCUCUCACCGUCCUCCUCCUCAGCUGCUGGCUGGCCGGGCUGACCGGGGUGUCGGAAGAGGGGUCCUACCCCAAACCCUCCAUCUCCGUCAGCCCCGGAGGGGUGAUCCCCGUGGGGGGAAAAGUCACCAUCCGGUGUCGGCAUCAGCUCCUGGGCAAGAGGAUCCUCCUCUACAAGGAUGGAGCUGGGAACUAUGUGACUCACACAGACCCUGCCGGCUCUGAGGCUGAAUUUCCCAUCACCAGCGCCAGACGGGAACACGGGGGCAACUACACCUGUCAUUAUGCCGACAGAACAUCCCCAACUACCCACUCGGAGCCCAGCAACCCUGUGCAGAUCAUUGUAGCAGAUUUCACCCACGCCAACAUUGCCCGCCUGGGGCUGAGCGCCGCGGUCCUGCUCGUCCUGGGGCUGAUCCUGACUGAGGCCUGUUACAGCCGCCCCUGGGAGGUGUCCUAGGAGCCUGGAUCCGGAAGUGUGGAGAAGAGAAUCUCCCCAGAGACAAGCCGCUUCCCCUCGGGGGGCUGAGACGCCAACAAACCCCCCCCUGCUCCCAAACACCCCUGCCCCAGAGAAUCCCCCCCGACUGCUCCCAAC